GCGGAGCCGCUCGAGCCUCGGAGCCGCUGCCCGGGCAGCCCCGGGGAGGAGCGGCCCCCCCCGGCCCCCCCCCCGACCCCCCGGUACCUCGCUGCUGGCGGCGCCAUGGCGUUCAUGGUGAAGAGCAUGGUGGGGGGCCAGCUGAAGAACCUGACGGGUGGCCUGGGGGGCGAGGAGAAGAGCGAGGGCGAGAAGUCCCCCGCCGAGGCUCAGGGCAUGACCCGCGAGGAGUACGAGGAGUAUCAGCGGCAGCUGGUGGAGGAGAAGAUGGAGAGAGAUGCCCAGUUUGCCCAGCGCAAGGCGGAGAGGGCCACCUUCAGGUCCCACUUCCGAGACAAGUACCGGCUCCCCAAGAACGAGACGGACGACAACCAGAUCCAGCUGGUGGGCGGCGACGUGGAGCUGCCCAAGGAGCUGGCCAAGAUGAUCGAGCAGGACAACGAGGAGGAGGAGGAGAAGAACUCGGUCAUCGGCCAGCUCAGCAACAUCCAGAACCUGGACCUGGACUCCUUGAAGGACAAAGCCUCGGCCACGCUGGAGGACCUGAAGCAGUCGGCUGAGAAAUGCGCCGUGAUGUGACCCAGCCGGCGGCUCCGUCCCCUCUCCCUCGCAGCGAGGGGUCCACACGGGGACCCCCCCGGCACCGCCACCCCCUGCGUGAGCCGGGUCCUCCCCGCUGAGCCCCGAGCCCCUGCCCCCCUUGCUCCGUCCGUGCCGGUGUCCCCGUGCGUGCUGUGGUUGUGUUUUUUUUGGGGAGGUUUCGGUGAGGACACAGCCAAGGGGUGGCCUCGCGCCCUCCGUCCCCGAUGCUGGGACCCGCUGGAGAAGGGGGGGGUGGAAAAGCGAGCUGUGUGUAGGGAACCUCGCCUCCGUGCCCGUCGUGAUGUGACCGUGCACCGUGCCCUGCCGAGUGUCCGCCCCUACCCUGCUGUCCCCGUGCCGCGGCACCGCCGGAAUAAAGCCGGGAGCUCCUUGUGCA